UUACUAAAUUAAAUCAUGUGUUUUUUAGGAGAGUAUGCUGGCUUUGAUGAGAGCCAGCCCACUGCUGAGGGUGGUGGAAAAGGGAAAGUCAUCAGUAUGUUGAAGGAACAAAAUGGUUUCGAGAAUGUGGUGAUGAUCGGAGAUGGGGCCACAGAUCUAGAGGCAUGCCCUCCUGCUGACGCCUUCAUUGGAUUUGGUGGUAAUGUCAUCAGGCCGCAGGUUAAGGAGAAGUCCUUGUGGUACGUGACAAGUUUUAGGGAGCUGCUGAAGGAACUAGAAAAUAUUUAAACAAGAUAAAAAGAGUACUGUAACUAAUUUUAACAUUUUUUAUUUGCACCCAAGGGUGCUCUUCUGUUGGUUUUAUCCCAUGCACACGUUUCCUUCUACUCGAUAGAUUUUUAUAUUGAAUGAAAAUGUUUACACUAGAAAGUCCAGUUUUUCCUUCAUAGGGAUGCUGCCCUAUUGAUUUGUACUAGUUACUAAAGGAUUAACCUAGCUACUUUUUAUGUGAAGGUAAACAUAUCUUGUCAUGCACUUUUUGCAUUCACAACUCGUGCAUUUUUAUGAAAUGCGCAAUGAGUAAUAGAAAUGUUUUAGUUCAGUAUGAAUAUAACGAGCUGUAACUACACUACGUCAAUGAGUGUUGAGUCCUGUAAAGAACAUCGGUAUUAAAAACGAGAACAUCUUGUCAAAAACAUUGUUGAAACUGCUUUAUUCUGUUUUGGCCUUCUCGUCUUUUCCCUCUACACUGUUUCCUGUGACUGAUGAACAAAAGACAAGAUAAACAUGCUUCCUUUAACAAUAACAUCUGAUAUUACAA